CGGCAUUUCGCAUCGCAAAAACAAAAUGGCCGUCUCUGAUGGAGAAAGGUGUGUCGCUGUCGCGUAAUACAUAUUUUGCGACUUGCAGCGAGGAAUAUCAUUGAACUUCAGUGAAAAGUUUUGGUGUUUUAUUACUACUGCGCCGCCGGCUGCCGUGCGACCGCCGCGUGGCAGGGCUUCGCCCUUCGCGUCGCGCGCGUUUGGAGCCCUCGCUCCUUCCGACCCUCGGUCGGAAUCCUCAAGGAUGUCGAGCUCCCGGCGCAACGGGUCGGUGUCCCGCGCCGCGGAGGCCGCCUCCAAGAACCGGCUUCACAUGGAUCGGAAUCCGCAGCACUCCAGGAUAACUGAUCCAUCGAAUCCGGCCGGACGCCGCAAGGAGAUAGACAACGUGAUGAAAAGGGCGCGCCAGGCGUCACCUGGCAGCUGGGACCGGAAGCUGCUACAGGUUGAAGAGAAGGACCCGAACAGAUGGCGCCACACGGGCUACAAGCAGUUGUACUUGGACGGCUCGCGGUCCCCCUCCCCGCGCCGCUCCCGUUCCCCCGCCAGGCGCUCCAGGUCGCCGCCGCCGCUGUCCCGGCGCUCGCGCAGCCCGCCGCGGCGCUCGCGCUCGCCGCCGCCGCGCCGCGCCGACCACGCCCGCUCGCCGCGCCGGAGCCCCAGGCGAUCACCCAGACGCAGCCCGCUCCCGCUCGGCGGCCGCCGCCGCUCGCCGCGCCCUCGCUCUCCCCCGCCCCGCCCGCGUGACGCACGCGACGCCCGUGACGCGCGCGACACCCGCGACACCCGCGACACUCGCGACGCCCGCGACGCGCGCGACACUCGCGACGUGCGCGACAGACGCGACGCGGCGGACGUGCGACGCGCGCGGCCGAGACCCGCGCCGCCGCCGGCUGCGAGGCCGCCGUCGCCGCCGGAUCCUAGAAAGUCAUCAGGAUCCGGGUCGUCUGGGAGCAGCUGUUCGGACGAGUCCUGCUCGGUGUGCUCGGCCAAGAACAAGAAACCGACCGGACCGCCGCCUGGACCUAAAGGAGCUAAGCCACCGCCCGGGGCGCCGCCCUUGCCGGCCAAGCGUGCGCCCGCGUCGGCGGCGCGCGCCGUGCAGCCCACCCGCGAGCUGCUCAAAGCCAGGGAGGCCAGCAAGCGCACCCGGGAGGAGAAGGUGUUAGAAUGGCAGCGGUCUCAGAUGGCCGUCAACCGCCCCCCCGCGGCCCCCAUCCCUGCCACGCAGAUCAAGCGUGAGGGAGAGAGACGGCGCGAGCCACGCGACCCGCGCGAGGGAGAGAGGAGACGCGGCGUGUCGCCCGCGGCCAUCGCCGCUGCUCUCAACGAUAGUGACAGCGAUAGCGAGUCUGAUGCCAGCUCGGAGCAACCGCAGAGGUUAACCCUGUCGGAGCGUUUCGGCAAGAUGGCCCAAUGGUCCGCCGACCGUAGCGCCCGUCUUGAGAAUAUGCGCAUCACGCGCCGCGACAGCGCGCUGCACGUGCGCAUAGAGCGGCCCGACGGAGCGCCCGAGCCGGCCGCGGAGCCCUACCCAGGCCUAGAAGCUGCCCCAGUUGGCAGCUACCCCGAGGAACUGCUGGCGGCGGCCCCCGGAGGCCUGCCGUCCUGGGACGACGUGCGAGUCCGCUACGACUACUACAAGAAACGCGGAUAUCUGCGAGGUUUAACGCUGAGCGACUACGUGAAAUGGGAGGAGUGGUGGUACAAGUACCAGGAGUGGCUGAAGAGGGAGCGCGCCUACGAGCGCUGGGCUGAGGGCGAGGUGGGAUCGGUGCGGCGCGAGCGUCGCCGGCGGGGGGGCCGGCACCGGCGCAGCUGAGGGCGCGCCGCCCCCGCGGCGGUCCUGGCCGUGGACCUGGCCGCGGGGGCGGCGCCCGACAUGUAGGCGCCACCGCCGUGCGGGUGCGGGCCGGCUGCAAUCCUGCGAUGCAGUGGUUGAUCACUAAUCCAGCCGUCACCCAAACACACAAAAAAGACUAUUCAGUGCUAGUGUUUACUAAUCUUCUGUGCGUACUAACUUAGUUAUAAUAAUAUAAUAGAUGUAUAGUCUGUCAAGCAAAGUAUGUCAGUAGCAAUGUACAGCAAAGUGAAGUAGGGCAGUCAAAGAGCAGUAUUGCGCUAAGAAAAGCAGCAAUGUACAUCGAACCAAAACAUGUAAUCAUCAUAACCUCAAAUUUCACAAAUAUUUACGAUCAACGAGCAUCAUUGUACAUUGUAGGCACCUUGACUUUGCUUCAGUUCAUGCACAAUCUUAUUUAAUAUAUUGGUAUUUAAUGGUGACAGCAGAAAUUUCUCUUGAAAUAGCAUCGAUUCAGAAUGUAAACAAACAAGAUGGCUGUCAUUCACGAUCCACAUUCCACAGAUAAAACACAUGACACGCGAUUUUGGAAUUAUUCGAAAACAGUGUGCUAAACAGUUUUUCAAAUUUGCCGCCUUUUGCUACUGACAAGAUUUGCUUGACCAAGUAUAAUAAAUGUAUGUAGUAGUGUAUUCAUCCCUACGCGUCUUAUCAAGUAAGCAAACGUGACGUUAAAGUGUCAUUCCAACAAUACGAUUCAUAGACAAUCUAGACAUCGCAAUGUCAUGUUUUUGAGGUGAUUCUUUCGUUACUGCGAUUAUUGAUGAAAAUCUUAUUAGAAAUGAUAUUUUUCAGUAGUUAUUUGGUUGGUUUCAAUACUUUCUGAGUUUCUUUAAUUAUACAACAACAUUUUAAGUGAUGAUUAUUGUAUGAUUUCAGAAAAAAGUGUGAUAGUGACUUUGAGAAGUGUUUGUUUACAUGAUAGGACAAGUAAGGAUACACUUUAAGUACUACCAGUUAACACCAUGGGCAAAGGAGACACCAUACGUUACGAGUUAUUACGGACAAAUUUAUUAAAAAAGUGUCUUCAAUGUGUCAUGAAUAUGGUAGUACUGUCAAAGGGAAAUUGAAGCUUUCGAACUUGUGAAAAUGACAAUUUUACGUUGUGACAAGGUUGAAAAUUUACUUUAGAAGGAUACAAUUCAGGAUUGAACAAUAAUGUAUGAUUCCCACCGACCGGCUGGAGGCACCGGAGCGCAUUUUCAAUGUGCCUAUACAUUAUGUAUGGCAGAAGCGAUGGCGUCCGUCCGGAGCCGUCCGCGUCCGCGAGCAGCCGACCGGCUUGCGGCCGUACAAAUGUGAAAUGCGCCCCGUUCGGUGGGAAUCGUACUUAAGCAAAUUAGUUGCUUAGGGCACCACGAAGAAAUUUAAUCUGGCAAAGCAUAUAGCUUGUAAAAUAAGCAAAUUUUACUUAGACAACUUGACAGCUAAAGCAAGCUGGAACCACUAGGCUAUGUGUAAAAACGUUGAGUUUGACCACGCCAAGUUUUCCUGCCAAGUGCUACGUCAAGUAUUAAGGCCUGUGCACACCGGCUGCGUGUGCGUAACGUGCGCGUGCGGCGUUGUAGUAUAAAGAUCCUUAUGAGUAAUAGCACACUGCUUGCGUGACGUGUGCAUGUGCGGCUCCAACAUUUUAGCGUACGUGCACGUCACGCAAGCCGGUGUGCCCAGAUCUUAAUAUGGAAUAUGUAUUCGUUAUUACUGCGAAGUCAGCGUAGGCGGAGUCUACGUAGCAGCGGCAGCGUGCAAGCUUUACUUUCUAUUUUGACUAAUAUAUGUUUGUAUGUGGCUAGUCACAUCUGUGAACGUAAGUGUAUUUAGUAUAAAACGGAAGCCCAUAUGGGCUCUUGAAUACCAUUAGCAUUGGUUCAUUGUUCAUUCAAUUGCCAUCGGAUACAGCGGAGCGAACAAGGUGUUCAAUAAUAUCUGAGCAUGCACUUUAUCUUUGACAAUAGAACUGUGUGCAGAUAUUUGUGAUUACCUUAUCCGCUCAGAUAUAUCUGAGGUAAGUAAAAAAGCGUGUUCCGCUGUGGGAUCUACAUUUAAAAUGUAGAAACUAUAAUUUUGUAAUAGUAUUUAGAUAUAGAUCAUUAUCUUAAAUAUUUAUUUGUUUUACUAUUACGAUAUUGAAAGUAAUUUAAAUGUGUAGGUAUAGAUGUAUGCAAUUGUCUACUUAAUAUACAUAUUUUAGAAAACACCUACCAAUGGUUGGCACCUUCAAACUGAAUUCAAGGCAGCUGUAGUGACUGUCCUAUAGAAAAGAUGCCAAUGACUGGUACUUUUCAGUGUCAUUGGGUAGUUGUCUUUAAAUUUGAUGUCCAUGACAUCUUAACACAUUCACUGCCAAGAAUACGUGUGUGUUCAUUUUGUACUAGAAACGGGGCGCCUGGCACCGAAAGUGUUAACUAUAUUACACAUUGACGUAUAUCUCAGGACGGGCCUUACGGGAACUAAAAAUGGUACUAGUUCAGCGGUGUCACUCACGAAUUCGAGCCAAUCGUGCAGUCUAACGCAACUAGUUGCGACCAAUCGCGCGCGUGAUAUGAACUCAUCAACCAAUCGCGUUGUAGCGGUGUCACACCGCUGUACUGGCCCCAUUCAUGCCCC